UGAGCAGAUAGGCCGGGCUCGGCCGGGUAGUAGGUACAAUAGAUAGCGGUAUACUCCGUACUACCAUAUAUAAUUACCUAUGUAGACGAGGUAGUUACACGUACUUCGUUGAUUUGUCGGUAAAUUCCAGGCCUUUGAACAUGGGUAGGUGCACAGGUAAAUACACUACACAAUAGAGUAGGCAGGGCAGAUAGGGUUAGGUCUGAUAUGGAAUCAUAUACUCCUCGCCGAUUAUCACCAUUUCACGAUAAAGAAGAGUUGGUUGUGCUCGGGUUUCGCAUGCGCCAACAUCCAACAUCGCAAGUCGGAGGUCCCUUAGCGCAGGACCACCAGAGGGCAAUGGGGUUCGGAUGACUGCGAGGUGUACGGUAGCAUAUGAUGGCACAUGUUCCGAGCUGCCUCGAGUUCUUACCGUCACGUACUAUGUAACCGUGGCUGCUCGGUACACGUCGGUAACCUGCCCGGCCUGUGAGUAUGCGAGUCUCGGUGGCCCGACGUGCCAAUCAGGCUACCUGUCCUGGAGACCCGCUCAAGAUAAUUAGCCUUCUCCAUGUGGAAUAGAUCGGGAAGCUAACCAAUUAGGCACAUGUGGACUUCUGUCCCUCAGCUUGGCGUCCCCCAAUUCUGCCCCAUAGCAGAGCUCAUACAGAGCCCAUACAGCCCACUGUUCACUGUCCGUUGCCCGCUGCCCCCACUAACCCUGGAGUUGCUAGAGCUUACCUACUGUACACUCUCGCAACAUUUAUUCCCGUCAGCCUCACGAUACAAAGAGCCAGCUUUCCUUUGCCUCUUCCAUCAACCAAACACACCCUUCAUUUUCCCAUCCAUCUCCGGAUUUUCCCUCUCCUCCUCGCGACGAAGCACCCGAUUGCCUUGGUCAGGCCCCCUUCCCCAGUUACGACGACGAGUUAUGUCCGCUGCUACUCCGGCCGGUAUGGCGCCUCCUUUGACGGAGAAGAAGCUUGAGAAGAAGCCCAUCAAGUUCUCCAACUUGUUGCUUGGCGCCGGUCUCAACCUUUUCGAGGUCACCACCCUCGGACAACCUCUCGAGGUCGUCAAGACCACCAUGGCCGCGAACCGAAGUGACAGCUUUGGUAACGCUCUCGGUCGCGUCUGGGGUCGCGGCGGUCCCCUUGGAUUCUACCAGGGAUUGAUUCCCUGGGCCUGGAUCGAGGCCUCGACCAAAGGCGCCGUGCUGCUUUUCGUCGCUUCCGAGGCCGAAUACUACGCUCGGGCUGCUGGCGCUUCCGAGUUCGGUGGUGGAAUUUUCGGUGGUGUCGCCGGCGGUGUCGCCCAGGCUUAUGCCACCAUGGGCUUCUGCACCUGCAUGAAGACGGUCGAGAUCACCCAGCACAAGAUCGCUGCUGGCGGCGCGAAGCCCCCCAGCACCUUCACUACGUUUAUGAACAUCUACCGAAAGGAGGGUAUCCGCGGUAUCAACAAGGGUGUCAAUGCCGUGGCCAUCCGCCAGAUGACCAACUGGGGAUCCCGCUUCGGUCUGUCCCGUGCCGCCGAGCAAGGUAUCCGCCGUGUUACCGGCAAGGAGCACGGUGAAAAUCUCAGCAUAGCCGAGAAGAUCCUGUCCUCGACCAUCGGUGGUGGUCUCUCUGCCUGGAACCAGCCCAUCGAGGUUAUCCGUGUGGAAAUGCAGAGUAAGAAGGAGGAUCCCAACCGACCCAAGAAGAUGACGGUCGGAAACACUUUCAAGUAUAUCUAUGAGACGAACGGACUUAAGGGUCUGUACCGCGGCGUUACCCCGCGUAUUGGUUUGGGCGUUUGGCAAACGGUUUGCAUGGUGGCCCUUGGCGAUAUGGCCAAGGCUUAUGUUGAGAAGAUCACCGGUGACAAGGUCACCGCUAAGCAUUAGAUGGCGUUUUAGACGGGAUUUGCUCGGGCUUUUUAAUGGGACACCGAUAACAAAAAACAUGAGGGAACAUAUAAAGGGAACGGGAUUUGCUUAACUUGCAAAGAUAGACUUUUUUUUCUCUGCUGUUAUGAGGAUCUUGUUCUUCUUGAUUUACACUUCUUUUGAAUUAUUUGGAAGCCGAAGAAACCUGUGAGCCAAUUCAACAUGACAUCAUUCUGUUUUGGAGAUUGGGGGGAAGGUUUGGCUUUUUAUGUUCACGAUUAUUGAUGGAGGCUUUUUCUGCUAUGCCUUUGACAGUUUGGGACUCGGUGAACUCCCGCAAUUGAAUGAGACUUGAAUGUCCUCGCUUCUAUAUGUGUUUUGACUGGUGACUGUCUUGGCUAUGAGAUAUGGUGAUACUUACGGAUAGACAUAUAUCCAAUUCAACAUGCUUCGGACUUAGGUAAAUUAUGAUAUUGUUUCCUUCGCCUCAUGGGGUCGCAACACAUGGUGGAUAUGAGGAAUUGUCGCUAAC